GCGGGCUCUUCUUCCCCAUCGAUCCUGGUACGUCUUGUGAACAAAACCAUGAGUUUAUCCAUUCGAAUGGCUGCUGAAAAAUGAGGACAGGCCCGAGCGCCAAGAUCGGCGGCAUGAUUGGGACCAACUGCUCUGGAACGAACGCCGUCAAGUACGGCACCAUGAAGGACUGGGUCAUCAACCUGACGGUCGUCCUAGCCGACGGCACAGUCAUCAAGACGAGGAGACGGCCAAGGAAAUCAUCCGCGGGCUACAACCUCAACGGCCUCUUCGUCGGGUCCGAGGGCACGCUGGGUCUGGUGACUGAAGCGACUCUCAAACUCGCCGUCAUCCCGCAAGACUUCUCGGUUGCCGUCGUCACAUUCCCCACCAUCCGCGACGCCGCUUCAGCCGCCGCCGAGGUGAUGCAGAACGGCAUCCCCGUCGCCGCCAUGGAGAUCAUGGACGAGGUGCAGAUGAAGGUCGUCAACAUGGGCGGCGCCACGGCCCCGCGCGUCUGGAAGGAGCUGCCGACGCUGUUCUUCAAGUUCUCGGGCACCAAGGCGGGCGUCAAGGAGAACAUUGGGCUCGUCCAGAGGAUCACGCGCGCGCAUUCUGGCGGCCACUUUGAGUUUGCAAAGGAUGAGCGCGAGCAGAAGCUCCUGUGGUCCGCGCGUAAGGAGUCGCUCUGGUCGAUGCUUGCGCUGCGCCGGAACGGCGAGGAAGUUUGGAGCACUGACGUGGCCGUUCCCUUUAGCCGCCUCGGCGAGCUCAUCGAGGUGAGCAAGAAGGAGAUGGACGACCUGGGCCUCUUCGCCAGCAUCCUCGGCCACAUUGGCGACGGCAACUUCCACGAGAGCAUCAUCUACAAUGCGCAGAACCCCGACGAGCGCAAAAAGGUCGAAAAGUGCGUCAAGAACAUGGUGCAGCGGGCCCUCGACAUGGAGGGCACAUGUACGGGCGAGCACGGCAUCGGCUGGGGCAAGAAGGAGUCGCUGCUGCUGGAGGCGGGCAAGGACACGCUCGGUGUGAUGAAGGCGAUCAAGUGGGCGCUGGACCCCCUGUGGAUCAUGAAUCCGGGAAAGAUUAUGGAUCUCCCUUGAAGUGUCGAGGGACAGAGGCAAAGCAUGGAGGACGCGCGAGUCCGGUCUACCGCUGCUCGACCAUCUGGCUCUUGCAUGGGUUCAGCAGAGGAGCAAUCGUUGUUGGUGGGUCCUAUUCUGUCUUGUCAGACAUGAUUGAUUCUGUCCUCCGAUCAUGAGGUUCAUCUCGCAUCUUGGCAGCGGAACGCACAGAGGAUGGGAAGUGGUCAGGUAGGGAGGAGCAUUGUAGGGGUAUCAAAAAGCGGUUUGCUGGUUGCUAUUGCCAAGGUGUUGCGGUCUGGCGUUCGGUGCAUGCUAAUUGUUGCACAUGUCAGGGCUGCGUACAUGGUGAUAGAAUGGAAGGGGACGCAAGCAAGGCUGGCAGUCGAUGAGCCACCGACCGCCAUCAGCUCUCGUAUGUCACUUCCUCCUACACCUGGGG